AUGGCGUGUGUGGCUCGGCCCAGAGAGGACAGUCCCGCGGAACUCUCCUGGAAGCUGUGCUCCCUGCUCGGCGAAGAGGCGACUUCGGAGGCUGCCUCCCUCCUCCACGGUCUCAACGGAGCGGAGCUGAGGGCUCUACUGGGCGACCUAAACCUCGAGGACCCGGGGAUACCAGACUGGUCAGGUCUUUUGGAGCCGGUUGCGCAGCCGCCGCCGCGGUGUGGCCCGGGCGAGUUUGCAAACGUUUGCGCUUGGUGCGGAGAGACCCGCAUCCUCCCGUUCGAUCUCCGGGAGAAUUUCGUGCGAGGUGUGAAGAUGCUGGCUUCGAGUGCACAAGGGACUCAGAGAGUGAUUGUGGAGGAGAGGACGACCUUUGUACCAACGUUUGCACCUGGUGCCAGCAGACUCGCUACCUGCCCUUCGAUCUCGGGGAGGGCUUCGUCUGUCGCGACGUGGGUCUCGACUGCGAUGCCCGCUUUGGCAACUUCGAGGCCAGUAAAGGGCAUGGAUCCGGCUCUCGCUGUGCUCGAGCUUAGACAUAUCCUUGCAAGCAUGGCAGCCACAAGUUCUUCUGAAGAUCUGCAGGGCGAGCACGAGAUGUUCGUCAACAUUUGCGCCGACUGCGGUGCAGAACGUGUUGGGCUUAAGCCGAGGGGGGUCAAAGAAGAGACUGACCACAGGCCCCCAGUUCCAGACAGACUGGAAGGACUACCCCCCACACUCUCCACAGAUUUGUUCUUCGACUGA